AUACUUAUAACAAAUUAUUUAGUUUUUUUUAAUGAACAUGUCGGAAGAUAUAAUUAUGCAGCCCACUAAUGAUGCUAAUAAUGCAACCAAUAACGUAAUGAAGAAACCCGAUAAUGCGACAGAAGGCGCUACUCUGGCGGAAGAAAUGACUUCUCGUGAUUAUUACUUUGAUUCAUAUGCACAUUUUGGUAUACACGAAGAAAUGCUUAAAGAUGAAGUGCGUACCAUAACUUAUCGGAAUGCCAUGUAUCACAAUAAGCAUUUAUUUAGAGGAAAAGUGGUAUUGGAUGUAGGGUGCGGGACAGGCAUUUUGUCUAUGUUCGCCGCCAAAGCUGGUGCUGCUACGGUUAUUGCUGUUGAUUGUUCGAAUAUAGUGGAAUAUGCUCGCCAGGUUGUCAUCGAUAACAAUCUCCACGAUAUUAUUAAAGUAGUAAAAGGGAAAAUUGAGGAAAUUGAAUUACCAAAUGGCAUUGAAAAAGUAGACAUAAUAAUUUCAGAAUGGAUGGGUUACUGCUUAUUUUAUGAGUCUAUGCUGGAUACCGUUUUAUUCGCUCGAGAUAAAUGGUUAAAAUCUGAAGGUAUGAUGUUUCCUGAUCGUGGUACGUUAUACAUAACAGCUAUCGAAGAUCGUCAAUAUAAGGAUGAAAAGAUCAAUUGGUGGGACGAUGUGUACGGAUUUGACAUGAGUUGCAUACGUAAAGUGGCUAUUACUGAGCCACUUGUAGAUGUAGUUGAUCCCAAACAAGUAGUAUCAACGUCGUAUCUUGUAAAAGAAGUUGAUUUAUAUACCGUAAAGAAGGCGGACUUGCAAUUUAUGUCACCGUUCAAAUUAGUUUGCAAACGUAAUGAUUUCGUGCAAGCGCUAGUCACCUAUUUUAAUAUCGAAUUCACUAAGUGCCACAAACGUUUGGGCUUCAGUACCUCACCGGAAGCCACAUACACCCAUUGGAAGCAAACAGUAUUCUAUCUUGAUGACUAUUUGACCGUUAAGAAAGGCGAAGAGAUCACCGGAAUAUUUAAAAUGAAACCAAAUGAACGCAAUAAACGAGAUUUAGAUUUUAAUAUUGAGGUGCAUUUUAGAGGCGAACACUCUGAAGUACAUGAAGACAAUGUCUACAGAAUGCGCUGAUAUCCGGCACAUCCCAUCGACAACGAUCAAGACUAAAGUUUAGAUUUUAAGUUAUUUUAUCAUAGCAUUCAAAAAAAUCGUAACAUUGAACUCACGUCUACCAGUACUAUGACAAUGCCCAUUGCAAACUCUCAAAUCUGUCAUUUGUAUGAAUUAAUACUUAAUGUUUAUAUUUUAUUAUUGACUGAUGGUCAGCUUUUUUUUUUUACUUCCCUACUUGAAUUUUAUUAUCAUUUUUUAUAAAACGAAAUGCAAUGGGAUUAAUAUGAGAAAAAGUUAUUAUAGAAUAUCUUACGGUUCAUAAAGAAAUUUAUUCAAGAGAA